GGAGCGUCUUCAAAACUCCAGAGAGGAAGGGAGUUGUGACAACACGUAGAUGGUGUGAGCUAGCCAUCAGCUUAGAUCAUUUGUUGGCUGAUCAACGAAUCCUAAACAGACUGACAGCUUCCAAAGCAUGCACCAACCAUGGCCAUGCAGUCCAUGCUGCAGGAGCGCAUCGUCAUCGCCCAGGAGCUGCUCGGGCGGGUGGAGCAGCUGUGCCAGCGGCAGUCCCAGCCAGUGGAGGGCCGGGCCAAGCUGUGCAGCAAGCUGCGCGCCGAGCUCAAGUUCCUCACCAAGGUGAAGAGUGGUGCGGUUCAGGUCAAAGAGUCCCACCUCCACAGCACCAACCUCACCCACCUGCGGGCCAUCGUGGAGACGGCGGAGAGCCUGGAAGAGGUGGUCUCCCUGCUGCACGUCUUUGGCUACGAGGAUGAUGAGGACAGCGGAGGCGGGAAGCAGUCGCUGGUGGUGGACGUGGUGGCCAACGGCGGACACACGUGGGUGAAGGCGGUGGGCCGCAAGGCGGAGGCACUGCACAACAUCUGGCAGGGGCGGGGCCAGUACGGCGACCGCAGCAUCGUAAGCCAGGCGGAGGAGUUUGUGCGCGCCAGCGGGCAGCAGCCCAUCCAGUACAGCAAGCCGCACAUUAUCUUUGCCUUCUACAACGGCGUGUCUAGCCCUAUGGCCGACCUGCUGCGAGAGAUGGGCGUGUCGGUGCGCGGCGACAUCGUGGCGGUGAACGCCGUGCCGGCGGUGAAGGAGGAGGAGAGCAGCGAGGAGGAGGAGGAGGACGACGAGGAAGACGACGUGGAAGGUGAGGAAGAUGGAGAGCAGCUCGGAGCUGAGAAGGAUCUAACGCACGCCGCUUCUGAACCCGAUGAGGAAGAGGAUUAUGGUGAUGAGGAUGAGGAGGAUGAUGACAACGAAGAGGAGGCCGACCUGAGCCAGACCCGGGUGGAUCGAGACACCAUCGUGGCCAGCCUGGCGUUCCCCACCCAGGUGAAGGUGGACGCGUGCCAGCGGGCCAACCUGGACAUCACCACGCUCAUCAGCUACGUGUCGUCGCUGAGCCACGGACACUGCAACUUCACCUUCCGGGAGCAGGUUCUGACGGAGCAGGCGGCCCAGGAGCGCCAGCACCAGGUGCUGCCAGAGCUCAAGGCCUUCAUGCAGGGCAAGGAGCUGUACGCGUGCCGGUCGGCCGUGGACGACUUCCAGGUGAUCCUGGACACCCUCGGGGGCCCCGGGGAGAAGGGGCGUGCCCAGGAGCUGCUGGCCCGGGUGAGGGUGGUCCCGGACCAGCCGUCCGAGCGGACGCAGCGCCUCAACGCCAGCGCCAAGGUCAACACCCGCUCGCUGAUGAUCUUUGGCACCGGAGACUCGCUGCAGGCCGUCACCAUGACGGCCAACAGCGGGUUUGUGCGGGCUGCGGCCAAUCAGGGUGUCCGCUACAGCGUGUUUGUGCACCAGCCCCGAGCGCUGACCGAGGGGAAGGAGUGGAGGGCGACAGCCAUAUAAGGUCAUAUGAUUAAUGUUGCAGAAUGAAGUCGGGUGAUCUUUUAUGGGCGGGGCCUUAUGCGGUCCAAUGGGGGCCAGAGAGACAGCACUUAUUGGUUGAUUCGUUAAAACUUGGAACUGAUGGUUUGACCGUCACAGGGGACGGGGUUUGGAAAAUCUGUACAGAUGUGGGUUGGCAAGUGAUGUUAUGGUAUAAAUUGAGACCCUAACUAUUGGUUAUUUGUUUGUACGUUUUGAAUAUCUGUUCCCAUCCAAUUCUAGCAAAAUGUAAUUUGGUAAGAAAAACUGAUUUAAUUUGGUCUCGCGCUCCAACACUAUUCUUUACAUACCGUUCCUGACAGCACAUUGCCUGCCAUGGCUGAAAUAAUUGAAACAAUGUAAGGAUAUUUAUUUACUUUGAAAUAAAGCACUCGAAAGAUGA